UCGAAGGAAAGAAACUGCCGGCUUUCAAAAUCCUCCUCCUCCGCCAUCAUCCACCGCCCGGCGAAGAGCAGGUGGUGUCGGGGACGCCAGGGACGAGGAGCCCCGGGAGUGCUGACGGACAGGCGGACUGGGCACUGGGGCGCCCCGGCCCAGGCACAGCGAUCGGACGGGAACAGACCAGACCCGGCCCCCCAGUCCGCCCCGCCGCGCCCGGCGGACGCGCGCGAUCGGGUCGCCCCACGCGGCGGCGCCGCCUGUUUACGUUUGCAGAUCUCCAGGGAAGCCGACCAUCGUGGCCAGCAUGGCUUCUGAAGACAUUGCCAAACUGGCAGAAACCCUGGCCAAAACCCAGGUGGCCGGAGGACAGCUGAGUUUUAAGGGCAAGAGCCUCAAGCUGAACACUGCAGAAGACGCUAAAGACGUGAUUAAAGAAAUUGAAGAGUUCGACGGCCUGGAGGCUCUGCGCUUGGAGGGCAACACCGUGGGCGUGGAAGCAGCCAGGGUCAUCGCCAAGGCCUUAGAGAAGAAGUCGGAGUUGAAGCGAUGCCACUGGAGCGACAUGUUCACCGGGAGGCUGCGCUCUGAGAUCCCACCAGCCCUGAUCUCACUAGGGGAGGGUCUCAUCACCGCAGGAGCCCAGCUGGUGGAACUAGACCUAAGUGACAAUGCUUUCGGGCCUGAUGGUGUACGUGGAUUUGAGGCUCUGCUCAAGAGCCCUGCCUGCUUCACCCUGCACGAACUCAAGCUUAACAACUGUGGCAUGGGCAUUGGUGGUGGCAAGAUCCUGGCAGCAGCUCUGACGGAGUGCCACCGGAAGUCCAGCGCCCAAGGCAAGCCGCUGGCCCUGAAGGUCUUCGUGGCUGGCAGGAACCGUCUGGAGAACGAUGGUGCCACUGCAUUGGCGGAAGCCUUUGGUAUUAUUGGGACUCUGGAGGAGGUCCACAUGCCACAGAAUGGGAUCAACCACCCUGGCGUCACAGCGCUGGCCCAGGCCUUCGCCAUUAACCCCCUGCUGCGGGUCAUCAACCUAAAUGACAACACCUUCACUGAGAAAGGCGCCGUGGCCAUGGCUGAGACCCUGAAGACCUUGAGGCAGGUGGAGGUGAUCAAUUUCGGGGACUGCCUGGUGCGCUCCAAGGGCGCCGUGGCCAUUGCAGACGCCGUCCGUGGGGGCCUGCCGAAGCUGAAGGAGCUGAACCUGUCCUUCUGUGAGAUCAAGAGAGAUGCGGCCUUGGCCGUGGCUGAGGCUGUGGCGGACAAGAUGGAGCUGGAGAAGCUGGAUCUCAAUGGCAAUGCCCUGGGAGAAGAGGGCUGCGAGCAGCUUCAGGAGGUCCUGGAUGGCUUCAACAUGACCAAAGUGCUGGCUUCCCUCAGUGAUGAUGAGGGCGAGGAUGAUGAGGAAGACGACGAGGAGGAGGGAGAAGAGGACGAGGAAGAGGAGGAGGAGGAAGAGGACGAAGAGGAGGAAGAUGAUGAGGAAGAAGCGCAGCAGGAAGGGCGAGGAGAGGAGUCAGCCACCCCACGGAAGAUUCUGGACCCCAACAGUGGGGAGCCGGCCCCCGUGCUGUCCUCGCCACCCCCCACAGACGUGCCCACCUUCCUGGCAUUCCCCUCCCCGGAGAAACUGCUGCGCCUCGGGCCCAAGGGCUCCGUGCUGAUAGCCCAGCAGACUGACACAUCGGACCCUGAGAAGGUGGUGUCUGCCUUCCUGAAGGUGGCAUCCGUGUUCAAGGAUGAAGCUUCUGUGAGAGCCGCCGUGCACGACGCAGUAGAUGCGCUCAUGAAGAAGGCAUUCAGCUGCUCAUCCUUCAACUCCAACACCUUCCUCACCAGGCUCCUGGUCCACAUGGGUCUACUCAAGAGUGAAGAUAAGAUCAAGGCCAUUCCCAAUCUCUAUGGCCCCCUGAUGGCGCUGAAUCACAUGGUGCAGCAGGAUUAUUUCCCCAAGGCCCUUGCACCCCUGCUGCUGGCAUUUGUGACCAAGCCCAAUGGCGCCCUGGAAACCUGCUCCUUUGCCCGCCACAAUCUGCUACAGACACUGUACAAGGUCUAGACUCCACGCGAGCCUCUUCUCAUCCCUCAGCCUGCACCUGUGACUGGAGAGACACUGGAGGAACUGAGCCGCAGCCACACCCCCUGGGACAGGCUCCGCCCAGAGGCAGGGAGGGGGUUCGUCUGGUGUGUGAUGUGUGUUGGAUGGGUGCGCGGUCAGGUGUGUGCUUCCUGUCGGGAUUGGGGGGGGUUCAGUACUCCCUGCUGGACUGGCUCUGCUCCCCAGUGGGGUGCUGGCCCCCAGACGAAAGGGCUGCAAGCCGCUUUGCCAUUAAACUCACCGCCAUCCGAGGAUGCUCUGCUGACAACUUGCUUCAGGCCCGAGGCCCUGGUGGCCGUCCCCGCCUCCCUGCCCCACUCCUGGGCUGCAGUAAAAACAGCUGCCCGUGUCCUGUGCCCUGCCUUUGUGUCGUGGUUGGGCUGUUUCACAUCCAGCCUGGGCCUGCAGCCACUGCCUUCGUCACCAAUCAUGCCUGCUGUGCUGGCCCCUGGGACUGAGAAGAGACUGCUGGGGGGACUGGAAGGCUGUCGGCAGUGGUCAAAUCCCUGGCCACCUCAUGGACCAGAAGAGAGGCUCGGAGAGUGGGGGGGGAGGGGGCUGACCCCAUGACAUGGUCCUGGAAUAGGGCUGCGCAGGCCCUGGUGUCCAGCGGAGCCCAGCCUGGGGAAGGCGGGCAAGUCCUCAGGACAGCACGGUAUCUCUGCUCCUCAAAGACCCUUUGUGUUGGGGGAGGGAUGGGAUCGGGGCUGGGCAAGGGCCACGCUGUGGCCUCCCUUGUGGCCAUGACCACCUCAUGCUUUCCUCUGUGCUAUGUGUCUGGGCUGUGCCUGGAGCUUUUGAAUAAAGUCGUGUGGUAGCUGUGGUGGCCAAGA